AUGUACUAUGAUUGUAUAAGUGGCCAAUCUGUCCUAAAUCAAGGCCAUUGCCAUCCUCGACUAGUUAAGGUUAUGCAGGACCAAUGUCAACAAUUGACUUUAACAUCACGUGCAUUAUAUACAACUGCUUUGGGGGAAUAUGCAGAAUACUUGACUAAACUAUUUGGAUAUCAGAAAAUGAUGCCUAUGAAUUCUGGAGUGGAAGCAGUCGAUACAGCAGUGAAAUUAGCAAGAAAAUGGGCUUAUGAAGUUAAAGGAGUUCCUCCAAAUCAAGCGAAAAUAAUUUUUGCAAAAAAUAAUUUUCAUGGACGUUCGAUUUUUGCUUGUUCUGUGUCCACUGAUCCUCAAGUUUAUGAAAAUUUUGGGCCUUUUAUUCCUAAUAUAUUGCAUGUGGAAUUUAAUGAUUUGAAUGCAUUGGAGAAAACACUCUCUGACCCUCACUGUGCUGCUUUUGUGGUAGAGCCAAUACAAGGGGAGGCAGGUGUUGUUUUGCCUAGUGAGGGAUAUUUAACAGGAGUUCGCGACCUUUGCACAAAAAAUCGAGUGUUGAUGGUUGCUGAUGAAGUUCAGACUGGAUUGGGGAGAACGGGAAGGUUGGUUGGCUUGGGGUUGAUGCUGUUGCGCUUGGAUGUUGUCUCUUUCAUCCAAAUCAGAGAUGGAUUGGGUUACUCGAGAACCUGA